AUGGCAACUGUGGCUUCCUCACAAGGUUCUGGGCGCGCCGUACCCAGUGACAUGGGCGACAAGGUGGUACUCGACCCAGAUGUGUACUGCUCUCUCGUCAAGUGCGCUUUCAACCAAGCGUUUCAGCGCAAAACUGAGAUGAAUGAGCAUUCUAUACUCUUCAAGCAGCUUGUAAAUUCUCUCGUAGAAGCACCUGCUGGCGCCGCUGAAAAAACACCGCCACAGCCGAAAACCGGCGUGUUAUCUGGGGGCUUAAAAGCAUCAAUAGAUGCCAUCAAGAGUGACUUCCUCGACCACUACUCUCUUCUCUACAACUUAGAAGAAUAUAGUAUCCGCGAGCGUCUCGAGAUCCUCGGUAAACAUGGUCCGGUUGAAAACGCAGUGACAGCUGAGUCGGUUGGUGCCGACAGGAUCCCUCUAGUCAACGCAACAUUCGAACUUGCAGGUCCGAGUACCUAUGAGGAGCGUGCGGCUGCUCCAGAAGAGUCCUCUGAUGCUGAACCUACUGUAUCUCAGGGUGUUUUCGCCAUGAUCGACACACUGAGGCACAAGUUCGAGACAUUGAACCGUCGGUUGGAAGCGCUUGACAAUGAGAUAGACGCACAAGUCGGUGACCCCAACCUACGGGAAUGGGAGGGAUCUACUGAAUCGAUGCAUCUUCGUGGCGAGUACGACAUCGAGGGUGACAAGGAGCUCUGCAACCAUAUUCGUAGCUUGUACUCCCACCUUCACCACCAAGCAAAGAUAAAUGAGCAAAAGAUAGAAGCCAUGAGAAACAGAUUGACCACUCUGCAGGCACAUGCUAAGGUGCUCCGCAGGCGUGAUCCCAAGGAUACUAGGGUUGCAUUCUGA